AUGUUGACUCGAAAGGAACAGCGCCUCGGCUCGCCUGAGAAACCACUCUCUGAUCUUGGUUUUCUCACAUACCGAAGCUACUGGAAGCUUGCUGUGUUUCGCGCGCUGGACGCAGAUCCGUCGUGCACACUUGAGUCAAUUUGUUUGCGGACUGGCAUGAAGAUGGACGACGUGCUUUAUACCCUACAAGACAAUCGGAUGCUUGAUGUCUUCUACAAUCCCGCCAGUGAAGUGGGCAAACUCCCGGUCGAGUACCUUUCGUCGAAAGUGGCACCUGAGGAUCAGAAGCCUUUGCCUAAUGAUUAUCGCAUUAAUUUCGAUGCCGAUGAAAUACGUGCUCAUUUAAGGAAGCACGAUGCCAAAAACUAUGUGCGGGUAGAUCCUAGCAAGUUGCGAUGGACACCGUUCCUCAUGAAACCGCAGACGCUGGUGAAUGACGAUCCAGUCAAGACAAAAGGAUCAUGA